AUGCAGAAUAAUGGCAACUACGUGCCCAACAUCGUGCGCGACACCAUCAUCUGGCUGGAGGCCAACGGAGCAAUCAAUGAAGAGGGAUUGUUCCGCGUGCCGGGUCAGAUGACCAUCAUCGAGAACCUCAAGAAAGAAUACGACACACGUGGUACUGGCACUCUGGACGGCAUCACCGAUGUUGCGUCGGUGGCGGGCCUUCUGAAGCUCUACCUGCGCGAGCUGCCCGAACCUCUUCUCGUCUUCCGAUUCUACUCCACAUUUGUCAAGAUCGCAAAGAAUCCCGAGGCCGAGUCACGCCUCCGCAAUCUGCGCAUCCUGGUCAAUGGUUUGCCUGAAGCCAACAAGGCGACUGUGUUCUAUCUACUCCAGUUCCUCUCGAAGGUCGUCGCCAAUGAGAAAGUGAACAGGCACGUACAUUACGUUAUCUUAUCUUCUCCUUUCCGGUAG